AUGAAGUUCUCCAUCACCGCCAUGGCUAUGGCCAUUCCCUCUACUAUGGCCUGCCUUACCUUCUCCGGUUACACCAUUGGCGACAAUUUGAGAUCAGCCUGGAUCGUUGACGAUGGUCGGGCUGUGUGCGACGCGGUUUGGGGUGUUGGCAACACUGGAAACAGCUGGCUCGUCACCUGCCAGCCCGGCUAUGCUUUGGAGUUCCGCAAGGAUGGCCGUUGGGUUGGCUACGACACCCCUCAUGGUCGUUUCACCUGGAACCAGGAUGUGAACGGCCCUUCUAGCGGAUUCAGCUGGAACAUCCGCAUGUUCUGUUAA